GUUGCCCUCAGAAUUGAGUUUUACUUCCAGCAACCGCAGCAGACCGCCCCAAAAGUCACAGUGUGCAGACCGCUGUGGAAGACUGCCGCCAUGCCUAUAAUAAAGGACGACGCUAGCGAUGCUAGCCACCUGGUCGACGAGCGGGCUUCUACCUACCGCCUGCUCGAGCCGGUGUCGCACCCGAGCAGAGCCGAGGAUCUCGUCGAUCUGCACAGGCUCCAAAAAUCAUCAACAAAGCCGCGGCAAGAUGACGUUGCCCAGAAGCACAUCGACUCGCUCUCCGAGACCCUCAAGUCAUCGGCGCGUGUCGCGGGACCCAAGGUUGUGCGUGGCGAGACGAAGGCAGCGCAGAAGCCACCCACGGGUCCUGCCUUUGCCUUCACUCGCAGCGGCUUCAUCCGCGCCAUGUCCGAUGCCGGGCUGAAGCCCACCGUGGUGCACCACAACCUCACUCCUGCCGAGCUCUAUGAGCAGGCACUGCAGUACGAGGCCGGCACCAACAUUGUGGCCAGCGGCGCCCUCGCAACCCUGUCAGGCGCAAAGACUGGGCGGAGUCCUCGGGACAAGCGCGUGGUGCGCGAGUCGGGCUCCCAGGCCGACAUCUGGUGGGCGGCGGCCGAUGGCCAGCCCGCCAACGGCGCCCCCAACUACGAGAUGGACGAGAAGACGUUCAUCCUGAACAGGGAGCGCGCUGUGGACUACCUCAACAUGCUGGAGCGCCUCUACAUCUUUGAUGGCUUUGCCGGAUGGGACCCCGAGUCGCGCAUCAAGGUGCGUGUGGUGUGUGCGCGCGCGUACCACGCGCUGUUCAUGUACAACAUGCUGAUCCGGCCGACCGAGAAGGAGCUGGCAGAGUUUGGCAAGCCCGACUUCACCAUCUUCAACGCCGGGGCGUUCCCUGUCAACCGCUACACCUCCUACAUGUCCUCUUCCACUUCCGUCGACAUCAACCUCAGGACGCGGGAGAUGGUGAUUUUGGGCACGCAGUACGCGGGGGAGAUGAAGAAGGGAAUCUUCAGCGUGAUGCACUACCUCAUGCCCAAGCGGGGAAUCCUCUCCCUGCACUCCGGCUGCAAUGUCGGCGCCGCCGAGGACGUCACCCUCUUCUUCGGCCUCUCAGGUACUGGAAAGACGACGCUGUCCACGGACCCGGCGCGGCCGCUGAUUGGGGACGAUGAGCACUGCUGGAGCGACAGUGGCGUGUUUAACAUCGAGGGCGGCUGCUACGCCAAGUGCAUCGGCCUCAAGAAGAGCAGCGAGCCCGAGAUCUACAACGCCAUCCGCUUCGGCUCCGUCCUCGAAAACGUCGUCUUCGACGAGCACACCCGCGAUGUCGACUUUGACUCCAACGCUGUGACGGAGAACACGCGCGCGUCGUACCCGAUCGACUACAUCCCCAACGCGCGCAUCCCCUGCGUGGGCCCCCACCCCAAGAACCUCAUCCUGCUCUGCUGCGACGCGUUUGGCGUGCUGCCCCCCGUCUCCCGCCUCACCAAGGAGCAGGCCAUGUACCACUUCAUCUCCGGCUACACCGCCAAGGUGGCGGGCACUGAGAUGGGGGUGACUGAGCCGGAGGCGACCUUCAGCGCCUGCUUUGGCGGGGCCUUCCUCAUGUGGCACCCCAUGAAGUACGCGGCCAUGCUCGCCCAGAAGAUGGAGCAGCACGGCACCUCCGCCUGGCUCGUCAACACAGGGUGGACCGGCGGGCGCUACGGCGUGGGAUCGCGCAUAAAGCUGCGCUACACGCGCGCCAUCAUCGACGGCAUCCACAGCGGAGAACUGGCCGCAGCCGAGACCACCACCACACCCAUCUUCAGCCUGCAUGUGCCGACCAAGUGCACAGCUGUGCCGGACGAGAUCCUGAACCCAGCUGCGCAGUGGUCCAACAAGGCCGAAUUCGACAAGACCCUCAAGCUCCUGGCCACGCUCUACCAGGACAACUUCAAGAAGUACGGCGACGGCGCCGGCUUUGUCUCGGUUGACCUGGCCAAGAGCAUCGUCAGCGCUGGACCCAAGAGCACCACCAAUGGCCACGCCUGA